AUGUUAGACAUGACGAGUAAUAAUAAAUAAAAAGAUUAAAGCAAUUAUACUCUCUCCACAUUAUAGUAAUACUAAGAUGGCAUACAAACAAAAGAAACCUUAUCAGCCAGUUAAAGACAUCAAAAAAUCUGUUGUUGAUUUUCUAAAAUGAAAAAAUUUCAAAUUCUAAAAUUAACAAGCCCCAGUAACUUAAUAAUAAUCUUCUUUAUAAACUCAAUUUCAAUUAAAACAAUACAGUCCUGACUCUAUACUUAUGGCAGAGAAACAAAAAAUUGAUGAAAUCACUGUAUAAAAAAAAAAUAUUGAAACAGCAUAAUAAAUCAUAUCCUAAUUAGAAAAAGAGAAUAAUGAUCUAAGAACAUAAGUUUUAUAAUGAUAUGCUGAUUAUGUUAAAAAUAUCAUAAGCAUUUCUUGAUUAACAAUUUGGAUGUGAGAAAUUAUCAAGCGAAUUCAAUAAUAUAUAUGGAUAUAUUAUUAAAUAAAUUAUUAUAGGCAAAGUAUCAAUCUGUAGAGCCAUUUUAAAAAGAUUUAUAGAUUAAAUUAGAAUUUUGUCCAAAAGAGAAUGA